GGCAAUUCAUAAGGCCCGCCAUUUAUCCGUUUUGAAUGAGAAUACGUUCGCAGUCAUAACAUUUAAUGGACAACGUCGCAACACUCGUACCAUUCGCAAUUCGGAUUGUCCAUAUUUUAACGAGUAUUUUGUCUUCGAGAUCCACACAUCCAAGGAAAAUUUAUUGAGAAAACGUCUAAAUAUAUCGAUGUUUUGUCACACAUGCUGUUCGAAGAAAAAUCGUUAUAUAGGGGAAUUUUCGAUCGAUUUACGAGCUAUCUGGGAAAAUCCAUAUCACACCAUUCAGAGGAAAUGGGCUAUUUUGAAUAGUACCAAUCUAUUGUUCAACGAAAAAAAUAUGGGAUACUUACAAUUGGAUCUUUCCAUCGUAUCAAGUAACGAACCAACCCUGCAGGUACUGACACCUGCAGAAGAUUGCGACGUGAUUGAAAAUAAUCUACUAAAGCCAUUAGCAGACGACGAAAACUUUCAAAGAGUUCUAUAUUCAUUCAGUAUCUUCCGAGGGGAAUUUGUUGAUGAUGCAGAUUAUUUCAUUCAAGUAUCAUUCGGGAGCAUUAAGUCAAGAACUAAAAUAGAACACAACAAAAAAGUUUGUGAGUGGAACGAAAAAAUAACUUUUAUCGGAACAUUCCCAUCGUAUUCGCAAAUGUUCGUGAUUGAUAUAAUCAAGCAUAACUGUUGCCAAAACCGACCGAUAACAAGCAUAGAAUUACCUUUUUCAAAAUUAUCCAAACAGAUAGAUGGCGUUUAUUCUCUGCCAGCAUUCGGCCCCGCCUUUAUUUACUGUUAUCAAGGUCAACACAAUUUAGGCUACGCGGGACGUCUGCUACUAUCUGUAUCUACCGAGAUAUUUCAUAAUCGAACGAUUUCACCAAAAAAAUACCACACAGUACCCAUUCAUGCUCCACUCGACACCGCAUACUAUUGGACGGAGGAGAAUUUUGUCAUUAAAGUUAUCAUUUUAAAUGCUUUAAUAAUGGAUGCCCCAAAGCAAACACAACUUAUGAUUGCAAUGCAUUGUAUGGCCAACAGGACAGACCCAAUCGAGCUAGAACUCGGCCACCAGCUUGUAUCAAAUGUACGAUGUGUCAGCUUCCAUCACACACCCUCCUUACCCCAACAACGACCAAUCAUAACAUUGAGCUUUAAAUGCCCAGAUUUUCGCUGGAAGUAUCAUCGGAUAAUUGCACUCAAGCGAACGUUAGAACUUGGCAGCGAUUUGCUCGAGAAGUACAAGCUCUUCAGGAUAGACGUUGGCAUGUCACAGAUCGGGCAGCUCAAGGAGGCAAUCAGUGGCCUGCUUGGUGCUAUCGACGAAAGCCUUCAGAGGGCAAGGCAAGAUUUCGGGACAUUAUCGAACAAGAAAUUAAUCCCCUGGGAUUACAAAUGGAAGGCUUACGUGAUUCAGCAAGUGGAAUUAUUGAAAACGUCAAUAGGACAUCUUAAACUAUCAACUGAAAACGCAUUGAAGGCAGAUGACCUCAUUUCUAUCCAAAAAGGUGUUGAUUCUUUGCUAAAGAAUCUAGAGGAGCUUGCCAGAGAGGAGCAGAGCACGUUCCCAGAAGGAUUUCUGCUCAUGUGGUCCUCGUUGGAGCGCAAAAAUAUAAACAAGUUAACAAAACAUAGAAGCGCUAUUAGUAGCAAAACCUCUCCUGACGCGUUUUAUCGAUUCAACAUCGUGGAAUAUCUGCACAUUCCCUCAUUACCGUAUGCUGACGAAGACAGUCCAGAUUUAUACCGUACCAAAAGGUACACAAUAUUGCCCAGAUUAUCCAACUGCCAGCACUCUUGUACGAGCGAAAGGUGCGGAUGUAUUUAUGGCAAGCUAGAUGUUGCCAUGUGGAUUGGGACAGAACAGGAAGCCACAGAAUGGGAAAUACGACAAAACCCACAGAAAAUUGCUAAUCGAGAAAAAGACCUGCAGCAACAGGUCCAGUGCCACGAAUCAACGCUAGCAAUCAACUGCACCGUCAAUGUACAUCAAGGUAAAAUUAAAGCUGGUUUCGACAGCAGCGGAUUGUGCGAUCCCAAACUGGUGGUCUUGUUCGAGAACCAUGGAAUGGCAACAACGGUUAUGACUCAAACUUUGUCUCCCCUGUGGAAUGAAGCAAUCGAAUUCCACAAUGUGAAACUGCUGAAUUACAAUGAAUGGGUCCCCGAUGAUGAACUUACAGUGAUGCUGCUAUUAUUGGAUGAAGACGAGCGAAGAAAGUUUUCUCAGCGAACAAACGAAAUAGUCGGCAUUGGGCAUGUGAAAUGUAAUCUCCUGAAGGCAACAACAAUCGAACCACCUCACCAGGUCAGCCAGCCCCAAACCGUACACAUUGUUCCGUCUCAGAGGGAUCAAUUUUUAUUAAACGAUGACGGGCGAGGCGGCGAUAAGUUGACAAACGAGCAAAGGGGCGAACCGGUUCUCCGGCAAUGGGAGCAAAAGUCGGCCGAUAACCUGUGGAAGAAAUUUGACCACCGCAAGGAUAGCAUUCUCCGCUGGGUGGGAGUUUUUCGGAAUGGGCAACGUAUGGCGGACGUAUUGAUGUCGAUUCAGAUAACUCCAAAUGGGGACUCGGAAAAAGCAACAGCAGAACUAAUUCAAGGAAUUCCCGCAAGUAUUUGCCCUGCCAUGGAAACGUUCACAAUAGAGGUGUUGUUUGCUGGUUUGAGAAGCAUGAGCAAUAUAUCUUCAAGUAAUAUGGGUAAAUUUCGUGUACAAUUGAUCUUCGGGGAAUUGACAUUAAUGAGUGGAUUAUCUUGCCGUCAUUCUGGGAACUCAAUAAACUUUAUGGACGUUUAUUCGACUGCAAAAUUGAUGCUUCCUGAAAAGUUUGAAUAUUGGCCGCCAAUUGUCGUACAGCUCAUUGAUUGCUCUAGGAUGCGAGAAAACAGAGUAAUGGGCGCUAGCAUUUUCGAAAAACCCGAAACAAUGUUCAGAGCAGAUAAUGUUAAGUUGAUUGAAAAGUAUUUAAUACAAACCCCAUGGCGACAAGACCAUCGAAGCAGCUUAUCAAUGAACACGUUUCAUAGUGCCGAAGAAGAGCCACUGAUUGCGACUGGUGAAAACAUAUCCACAACAAACCGCAAUUUUCUGUUCACUAUUUCGACCAUCAAAGGUAGAAUUGCUCGCAAUGUCAAAACUGCAAUCGAAGGUAUCAAGAGUUCACCUGAUAGGAUUGCAACCAGAAGACGUGGCUCCCAGGAGACGGAGUACACGUGGUGGACAAAGUUUUACAAUAGCUGCAGUCCCCAACCGUCCGAUUAUAAACACAAAUUGAAGAUUUAUUCUUGUGAAUUGGAACAAGUUCCAGAGUUUGAACAAUUCCACGACUGGAGCGCGCCAUUUCCCCUUGUCAAAAAAAUAACACAUAACCCAAUGAAGCAGCCGAAGCCGUACGGAAUGCUGAAAUGCAAAGUAACCAUCAGACGCUCCGAUGAUGCAUUGAAUCCGCUUUCCAAUAUCCCUCUACUAUCGAUUCCAGCUAUCAUGGGUGAAACUAAUCUAAUCGUUGUCGUUUAUGUUGUGCAAGCUCUGAACCUUCGAUCAAGAGACAUUUUCAGUUUAUCUGAUGCUUACGUCAAAUUAGAGUAUGGAAAAGAUAAAAUUACCGAUCGACCCAAUUAUUUUAAAGACCGAUCGAAUCCUGUGUUCGGACGAAGAUUUGUUUUGCAUGGUCAGCUACCCAGAGAUCACUUGUUAAAAAUAUCUGUCAUUGAUCGAGACACUUGUUCGUUGGAUGACCUGAUUGGAACCACGACAAUUGACAUCGAAGAUCGUUUCAGGACUCAACACUUUGCUUGCUAUGGAUUGCCUCAAGAAUAUAAUCUUUCAGGUUACAAUGCGUGGAGAUACCCACAGAAGCCUAGUGUUCUAUUGCAUGAAAUAUGCACCGAAAACGGUAUAAUCGAACCGACCUACGUGAGAAAUACUAUCCAUAUGACAGGAAUUACUCUGCGAGACGAUACAGUCAUAUCGAACACUGAAGAUCUAAGAGAACGACUUGCACUCACAGUGUUGAAGAACUUCCAUCAAAUACCCGUGCUAGGACGGCAUUUUAUUCCGGAACACGUGGAGAGCCGACCCUUGUUCCAUCCGGAUUAUCCAGGGAUAGAACAAGGAAGACUGCAACUGUGGAUCGAAAUUUAUCCGUCGCAUUUGACGCCAAAUUUUGUGGACAUCACACCCAAUCCACCGAAGCCAUUCGAACUGAGGGUUAUUGUUUGGAACACUCAGGAUGUAAUUUUGGAUGAGAAGAACAUUUUUGGGAAGAAGAUGAGUGACAUCUACAUCAAGUGUUGGCUUCAGGACGUCGAGGAUGCUCAAUUCACUGAUAUCCAUUACCGCUCACUCGAUGGCACGGGAAACUUCAACUGGCGUAUGAUAUUUCCAUUCCAUUAUUCCAGCUCGGAAACCAUGAUGAUAAUAGCGCACAAGAAAAGUUUUUACGAGCAACUUGAAACCGAACAAAAAGUUCCUCCGCUGCUAACGGUGCAGGUGUGGGAUAAUGAUCUCUUUUCGCGCGAUGAUUUCCUGGGGACAUUGAACCUCAAUCUAACGCGGUUCCCACAGCCAGCAUCGAGAGCCUCCAAGUGUGUCCUACCGGCCGUCUCGGAGCAACGAUAUAUCAAUCUGUUUCGAGAGGAUUCGAUUCGAGGAUGGUUUCCGAUUGUGGGAAAAAUGGACAGCGAUAUUGUGCAGACGGGGAAGAUUGAGCUUGAACUGCAAGUACUAACGGAGGAGGAGGCUCUAUUGAGACCAGCUGGGAAGGGAAGAAAAUACCCACAAGCGUUAGCUAUGCCAGAUCGUCCAGACACAUCGUUCAACUGGUACCGCAACCCGCUCAAAUCGAUGAAGAUGAUUCUUUGGCCCCAUGCCAGGAAAGCAUGUCUUGUUUGUUUUAUCAUAACGCUCAUCGCCGUUCUCUGCUAUGGACUGAUAAAAAACAUACCAGCGACAGCGACCACAGCUCUCGCCAGAAAGGCUUCCCUGGAUCGAACUGUCCGCACUGGAGUCGUGGCCGACUGAGGAAAGUACUGUUCAUUUAAAUUUAGCCGGAACCCUUACAUUGGCUUCGGUUAGCCGUUUUUAUCAGCUAGAUAACAAACUGAUUAAUUAUAAUAAUAAUUUUGAUGAUUGUGGAUGGCGGCAAUUUUCUAUUUUCCCCCAUAUGUUAACUAGAGAUGAUCAAUGUCCGAUGGACCUCAUUUGAAGCUGACACUUAGUUAAGAAAGAAAAAAAAUUCCGGAACAAUAUCGGUAUCCCUACAAAAAUAUCCUACAGAGAGCUCAACGACAUAUCUGAUAUAACAUUCUGUUAUGUAAAGCGGACGGAUGUCAUUCUUGUCCCAGCGAUUGAAAAUGUGCGGUUGUUUAGUUCUAACUGCCUAUCUCUAUCAUUUGAAUGCGAUAAGCAAGCCCACCUGUUUAAUACUGAAAGGGACACAUAUGUACGUUGCUAGACAUACAUGAACCUUCGCCCUCUUUGCAUCAUAUUGUCGUGAAAAAUCCGCGUAUUUGGGAAGUGUAUGCAUCUGCUUGAAAACAGCUCAUUUUCUGCGUUCAUUCGUUCUAUCCCAGCAGGUGUGAGCUAUCAAGAGGAACAUU